UUAGAAAAUGAAAAAUUAAUUUCCAUUUUUUUUUCUUAAAAUUGCAAAACUGUUUGAUAAAAACAAGAAAACUUUUUGGAAUUUGUGGAAUCAUGAUUAUGUUCUCUCUGAUGAGCGUUUCGAGCAAAAACCAUAAGCAAACCUAAGAUAACCAUAACUUUGCUUUCUAUAGUUAUCUUCUACUACAACUACACAUCGUCGAGCUCACAAAAUGAAGAAAACUUCUCCGCAGGAACUUGUCACCAUCUACGGCAAUCACCAAGAAACCUUCACCGGAGAUAAUAUGGACUACUACUCUUACUUCGACGACUCAUGUAUCCAAGACAUGAACUACUUCGUCAAAACCAUUGCCGGAAUCAAAUCCAAAGGAAUCAGACCAGACCUCAUUGGUUCCAUCAUCGCUCACUACGCUUCCAAGUGGCUCCCUGACCUCUCCGGCAAUGUCUCCGCCAUUAUCUCCACCUCCGUCGAAUCCAAAAACCACCCUUUUGACACACAACAACCAGAGAGCGUCACGGCGUCUGUGAUGAAGAAACGUUUCUUCGUGGAAACCCUAAUCGGAAUCCUCCCGCCGGAGAAAGACUCUGUUCCUUGCAAUUUCCUCCUCCGUCUCCUAAGGACGGCGAAAAUGGUCGGAGCUAAUCCGAAUUACUUGAAUGAGAUUGAAACCAGAGUAUCUUGGCAGCUCGACCAAGCUUCGCUUAAGGAGCUUAUGAUACCUUCCUUCAGCUACACGUCAGGCACGUUGCUUGACGUUGACCUUGUGACGCGUCUUGUCAAAAGAUUCACAGGAUUGGAUAGUGAAGGUGUUAAAACUGGUGCUGCUCUUGUUAAAGUGGCCAAGCUUGUUGACUCUUACCUCGCUGAAGCCGCCGUUGACAGUGGUUUGACUCUACCGGAGUUUAUCUCCUUAAUCGAAGCUCUUCCUAGCCAUGCUCGUACCACAGAGGAUGGCUUGUACCGCGCCAUUGAUACAUAUCUCAAGGCACAUCCUCAGGUGUUGAAGCAAGAAAGGAAAGAACUUUGUAGACUUAUUGAUAGCAGAAAGCUAUCACCGGAAGCAGCUCUCCACGCAGCUCAGAAUGAUCGUUUACCGGUGAGAGCAAUCAUCAGAGUCUUGUUCACUGAACAGACAAAGCUAAGUCGUCACAUUGACUGGAAUGGUAGCUCAAUAAGUAGCACAACGAGGAGUCCAACAAACCCUUCUGGUUCACAUUACUUCGAAGGAGGUGCUGCAGCACGGUGCUUGUCUAAACGUGAGAUAAAUGUUCAACAAACAGAGAUAAGAAGGCUGAGAGAGGACGUUGCGAGGCUGCAGAGCGAGUGCAGUUCAAUGCAUUUGCAGCUGGAGAGGCUUAUGGAGAAGAAGAGUAGUAGUGGGAGUAAAGGGUUUUUCAGGUGGAAGAGGCUCGGGUUAGUGCCGUCAAUUAGAGGAAGUGUUAGUGUUGAAAAGGGUGAGGAAGAAUCAGGUGAUAAUGAAGGAUUUGAGCCUCGGACUCCUGGGAAUAUGAAGACAAGGCUUGUCAAAGGAAGAACAACACCUUCAAGGUGGAGAAAAUCUAUGUCUUAAAUCUUGCAUUAAUGAAAACAAUACAACAAGAAGCUGUUAUUACACAUGGAGGAGCAACAAUGGGGAAGUCUUUUUUAUAUAUA